GCGCGGCCCCGGCACCUGCUGCGGCUCCGGCUCCGGCCAUGGGCGCGCUGCCGCCGGGCGCGCUGGCUCUGGCUGCGCUGCUGGGUGUCUGCUCGGCUGUGCUGGAGGUGCACGUGGGGACAGGCUCCGUCUUCUCCGUGGAGGGGCAGGGAGUGGUGCUGCCUGCCUGGUACACCAGCCGCUCGCAGAAAAAGCCCUAUGUCACCUGGCUGCUGGAUAAGGCUGAUGCUGACCCCUUCCAGAUCCUGACAUACCUGGAUGGGGUGGUGAAGGUGGAGGAGACAGAGCUGAAGCCCCGCGUGGGGUUCCUGUACCCUGUCCUCACCCACAACAUCUCAGUUUUCAUCAAUGCCACACGGGAGCGUGACUCGGGCCAGUACAUGUGCACUGUCAACGUGGUGGAUGAUGCCACCAGCACGGGCAAGAACGUGGCCGUCAUCAACCUCACGGUGCUGGUGCCGCCAGCCCCCCCCGCCUGCCGGCUGCGGGGCAGCCCCACGGUGGGGGCCAACGUGACGCUGAGCUGUGCCUCCGAGAAGGGCAAGCCCUCGCCCGCCUACCAGUGGCAGCGCACGGCGCCCACCCUGCAGGUCUUCUUCCCCCCUGCCCAGGGUAAGGUGGGGCUGGGGGUGGGGGGAAGUCCUGGGAAGCUUUGGAGGAGAGGGAGAGGUGGAGGGGCUGGGGUCUCGUCCCCUGAGCUCUGCCUGCUCCCAGCCUUGCUGUGCGAAGGGGGGAGGAGGGUGAGCAUCCCCUUAACCUUGCCCCCUGCUAUCCCUGCCAUACCGAGGUGGGUGUGGGGCAGGGGGGUAGCCAUGGGGCAGCACCCCAAUUCCUCCCCUGCAGACCGGGCUAGGGGCACCCUCAAGCUGACGAACCUCUCGCUGGACAUGUCGGGCCUCUACGUGUGUGUGGCUGAGAACCAAGCGGGGUCGGCUGAGUGCAGCAUCAUCCUGGAGGUGCACUCAAGUGACGAGGGGGCCAUCAUCGCCGGUGCCGUGCUGGGUUCCCUGGGCGCUCUAGCUACCGUCGCCUUCUUUGCCCGCCGGCUUGUCAGCUACCGGAGGAAGAAACGUGACGGCCAGGAGGAGGCAGCCAACGAGAUCAAGGAAGACGCCGUGGCCCCCAAAACCCCCUCCUGGACACGGACCCCCCCCGCAGAUGCCAUCUCCAAGACCAGCACCUUGUCUUCCGUUGCGGGUGCCCGGGACAGACCCUACGGGGCCUCACCCCCCUCCGACACUGCCUCUGUCCUCACAGCUGCCGGCAGCUACCGGGGACCCCCCCGGGCUGGGGGACGUCCCCCCCCCACCAACGGGGCCCCCUGGCACCCCCCGCAAGCCCCUGGCCCCCCGGGGGGGCUGCCCCCCUCCAGCCUGACACGGGCAGGCGCCAUCCCUGUCAUGGUGCCAGCGCAGAGCCGGGCUGGCUCCUUGGUGUGACCCCCCGAAUAAUGGGAUGUCCCCCUCUGACGUCUCACCCUGCCCACUUUUGGGGGCUUUUUUCCACUUUUUUUUUUUUUUUUGAAAAGAUGCCUGGAGCAGCUGGACUUGUCCUGCGGUUGUUUAAUGGGUGUGGGAGGUGCCCGCGCUCCGGGUUUUGGUGGCCCGAGACUCCCCGCCGAUGCCAGCACCCCGAAACAGCCCCAACUGGAGGAGGGGUCCUCUUUUUUUUUUACGUAUCCGUGGAAACGGGGCAUUUUUCAUAAACGAACAUUAAAAGUGUUGGGGGUGGGGGUUGGAGGUAGCCAUGAGGGGAGGUGGGAGGAGCACUUUUUUUAAUUUUUUUUUUUUUUUGAUUAAAAUGCUUUGGGC